CAGAAGUGACUCACGAGUUGGCUCUGUUAGACAGGAAAGAGGGGAUGAACUUCCCGUAGAUCGGUUUUGUCUCUGAGUUGAAGGACUCGGAGUGAAAAAAAAAAACCCAUCACCCCUCCUCUGCACAGAGCCUCUUUUUCCAAUCACAAUCCUCCUGGCUGCACCAGGAGCCCUUGCCUCUGACAGGAGCUUAGGAAAGGAGGUGGAUCCAGCAGAGAGCCAGCCAAUGAGAGCCGUGUGCAGCAUAGCCAGGCUCUGACCAAGAGCUGUGAAGGGGGGGGCUUGGUUUGGAGCUUUGCAGCAGAGAAGCACCGGCGAGAAGAGGCAAGUGACCAGAGGGAGCUCGUGAGCGAAAGAGGGAGAGGGAGCUAAAGCUGGUGGAGCACACGCAUCUCUCCUCAAUGAUCAUGUGCCAAGGGAACCUGAAGCAGCGGCAGCAACAGCAGUGGAGCGGGGCGGGGAAAUGGUGAGAUGUUGCAGGGCUUUGCACAGGCCGACCUCUUGCUACAAUCUCCACAGAGUCAGGGUUGAUGCACGGCGCCUGCGGACACUCAGCUCCUCCUCCUCCUCCUAUUCCUCUUUCUCGGCUGGAGCGGCAGGGGGGUCCGCGGGCGGCGUCUGCAACGCCAGCAGCGGAGGCCCCGGAGCCCCGGGGGGCGCCGUUCGGCUCAGCCAGCAGAACCGCUUCAGGUUGCAGUUCCCACAGUUGGCCUUGCGGCGUCGUCUCGGCCAGCUGAACUGCAUGUCCCGGCCUACUGUUCGGCUGCGCUCAUGGCCACUCUCCUUCCUCUACUACAUCCUGCCAUUUGGAGUGCUCAAGCCCCUUGCCAAGGUGGGCUGGCGGCGCACCAGCAGAGUUACCAUAUAUAAGUCCAUUCCCACAAGGCUACUGUCCAGAGCUUGGGGCCGUCUCAACCAGGUCGACCUUCCCACUUGGCUACGGAAGCCGAUAUAUAGCCUAUACAUAUGGACAUUUGGGGUGAACAUGAAGGAGGCAGCUGUGGAGGAUCUGCAGCAUUACAGGAACCUGGGAGAAUUCUUCAGACGCAAGCUCAAACCUCAGGCCCGGCCUGUGUGUGAUUCCCACUGCGUGAUUAGUCCAGCUGACGGGAAGAUCCUUCACUUUGGCCGAGUUAAGAACUGCGAGGUGGAGCAGGUCAAGGGUGUCACUUACUCUCUGGAGACCUUUCUUGGGCCAUACACAUGGACUGAGAGUUUAGCCAUCAACAGAAAUGAGGAUGACCCCAGUUCGUUUCAGGACCUGCUGGUAACAAAGGAGGGGAACGAGUUGUUCCACUGUGUGGUCUAUCUGGCCCCUGGGGACUACCACUGCUUCCACUCCCCCACUGACUGGAGAGUUGCACAUAGGAGACACUUUCCAGGCUCUCUGAUGUCCGUGAAUCCAGGGGUAGCGAGAUGGAUUAAAGAGCUCUUUUGUCAUAAUGAGCGAGUGGUGCUGAGUGGGGAGUGGACACAUGGCUUCUUCUCAUUAACAGCUGUUGGAGCUACCAAUGUCGGAUCUAUCCGAAUUUACUUUGAUAAGGAGCUGCGCACGAACAACCCUCGCUACAAUAAAGGCUCAUAUAAUGACUUGAGCUACGUCUCCAACAACAACCGAGAGGGCGUGACCAUGCGCAAGGGCGAGCACCUGGGAGAGUUCAACCUGGGCUCCACUAUUGUGCUGCUUUUUGAAGCACCACGGGACUUCAAGUUCAGCCUCACUGCAGGCCAGAAGAUACACUUUGGAGAACCUCUGGGGACCAUGUGAUAAGGGUGUGAGAAGAGUGGAUCUUGGCCAUGGACACACUUGACGAACUUGUGUGCAGAUUAGGCAGGGUCUGAUGUGGACUGAUGCGUGCACACACACCCGCACCCACCAAGGAACACACACUCACGUCUGAGGAGAGUGGUUUCAUUUGUACUGACACAAAACCACCGCUGUUGCAUUAUUAUUAUUAUUGUGAUUGGAGUGCUCCUAUUUACAUGGGAGCAGUUUCUAACAAGUUUUGCUUUUCUUGUAAUAUAUUUUCAUUUUCACUGUUAAAAGACUAAGCUUAGACCAUCAACAUGUUGACACGGUUUUGUUUACUGACUAUUGCCAUCCAUAUUUUUGUUUUGCUCUAAAUUAUUGUUGUUGUAAAUUUUUGUUUUUUGCCCAUAUUGCCUUUUUUAUGACUGAGGGAUUUGCAGAGGCUCCUCUGCAGAACAUUUGACACCAACCAACCAACCACCACAUUUUGCACAGUCAGUUGCAUGCAAGCUUGAAUCACACAUGAAUAACAUCACCUGCAUAAAGAAGAGGAAUGUAUAAGAUUAAGACUAAACUUUUGGUUCUUCUCUUGACCCCUCGGUCAUGUGGAACCACCAUCUAGCUUCUGGAGUUGAACCACUAUGAUGCUAGUCAUCUGAGCUCUUUUGGAAUUGAUCAUCUGGAAAGAUUUGUAAGCAUCACUGCCACUCUUUGGUUUUGUAAGUUAGACCCACUAUGCCUUCUUCAGGUUCUGGUUGUAGAUCUGUUUGCUUCAGUCUUUUACAGUACGUGUCCACUAGCACUUUUUCUUCGAUGCUCCGAUUCUCCGAAUCUCACGACUUGCUCUGUGUGUGUGGGCGUGUCUGUGAUAUUUUAAAAUGCAAUUGAAGCAGCCAAAAAAAAAAACAAGACACACACUUGAAGUAGUAAGCAGUAAUAUGCUGCAUUCUAUUAACUUUGGAUUUGGGAUUUUGAAGCUGGGAAAGACGUCACACCCAAGUUGACUGAGGUUCAGUUAAACAAACAAAUAUUAACUAUCAUUGUUAGCAUUGUCCCCAAGUUAGUGCUGCAGGCAUACCAGUUGAUGAUAAUGCAUUGUGCAGUAUUUUGGACAUCUAAACACCAUGAAAAAACACAUGUCCAUAGAUGACACAACUAGAUAUAAAUACUAAUACUCUAUAUACAUAAAUAUAGCUAAAAUACAACUGAUUUUACUACUGGUGAUGUGCAGUGCAGCCAUCUUGGAUUCUCUGGGAUUGUGAAGCUCUCCCAUCUUUUAGAGUAGGAAAUUUAACUUGUAGGAACGUUCCACUUGUAGGAAGUGUCCUACUUGGAACUGCCAAUAUUUAUUUUAAUUCUAAUCUGUAGUUCUACCAGGAAGACUCAAGAGGCAAGCAUGCAAUAAUAACAGCUUUAAUUUUGAUAUUAUUAACAAUGAUUAAAAUAAUUUAUGUAACGUUAGUCUUUGGCGCAGGCCCUAUCGUCGGCCCAGGUAUGCAGCAUCUGGACCUUCGCAGAUCCUACCUUAUGUAGGUGGCAGGGGCGGAGCCAACCCCCGGGCAGCCGGCGGGACCAAACUGGAGGCGGUGGGGAGGAAUUUAAAGGGAAAACAAAACACCACCUGUAAGCAGAGAAGGUUGUGUAAGGGGAGGUCUUAUAAACACAGGUGGAAGCUGGUUAAGAUUGGUUGAGAUACGAGUGACGAGCACAGGAGUUUCCUGCUAGAACUAGCGCUGAAGCUUAUAGUUCUAGAAAUCCACAUUCUGCCAUGUUCAGCUUCUCUCCAUUGUUUGAAAGUUAUCUAUCUAUUUUAUCUCAUAUAUGUGUGAAGUACCAGCAUACUCUUCCCUGAUUGGCUAGAUGCAGCGCAAGAAUGCGUCGAGGCAAAAUGGCUAGUGGACAUAUACGGUUACUGUACCCUGCCAGAAUUUACAGUAUCAUAGAAUUGCACUGUAGUUUGACCUUUCUACAUAAUCUAAACCUAUUUCUAACACAAAAAAAUACAUUUACUUUAAUUUCAAAUUUAAAUGUAAUAUCUGUUGAACUAAUAUUCAACAUAUAAGUCAUGCUUAGAGAAGCAGAAAGUCUGGUCUGUUAACUGUUUAAGUCUUUCCGUGGGGUUUAAUGUAUAGAGUUUGUAUGAGUGUCAGUUGCACACAGUAUCACACUGCACUGCACUGCACUCCAGUCUAACAGCGCUACCUGAAGGCUUGAUUCUAUUGUAAUGUAUGUAACACAUACAGCAUAUGAUGGUACUUCCCUGAAAGGGUUAAAUAUUAAGUAUUGGAAUAAGAAGGAAGAGGGUGUGUCUUCUGAACUACUCUAUAUGGUCAAAUGUAUUGGGACACCUGAUCAUUCAGUAUUAAUUAUAGGUCAGGGUGGAGAUUGGAUCCCAUCACAUCACCAACUCCUCAACUCAGCUCAGAAGUAUUAAGUGGAGCUCUGUCUUUAUAUUUUACCAGGGGACACAGUUCCACUGUUCCACAUCUCAAUGCUGAGGCUUUAUACAUACUGUAUAGCCCACACUUUGUAUUAGGGCAUGACCCCAAUAGGUUCUUGUUUAUCUGCUCCAGAGUGUCUGUUCUAUUGUAUAGGCAGUCCUCUAGAAGUGUUCUAGAAGAACGAGGGAGGCUGUGUGUAUGCAUUUUCACAGCUACUGUAUGUCACAGUAGCUGAAUGCAUUAUUUGCAUUUAUUAAAAGGGGUGUCCACAAACAUUUGGACAUAUAGUGUAUAUCAUCGCUGUCCAAUAAAAAACGAGUAUCUCCA